AUGGCUUUCACGUUUGCUGCUGCAGCCUAUCUUCUUGCCCUGAUUGGAGUUGCUUUUUGUAUUUUCUUUGCAAUUUACACUGUUAUUUGCAUUGAUGAGUUAAAGACGGAUUACAAGAACCCUAUUGAACAAUGUAGAAAUUUAAAUCAACUGAUCCUUCCCGAAUAUGCCAUUCAUGCAGUUAUGGUUGUACUGUUCCUCUUUUCCACUCAAAUUGUUGCGACUUUAAUGAAUUUACCCCUUGUUAUCUACCAUGGUCUCACAUAUUCCCGAAGACCUGUGAUGUCCGGACCUGGAAUUUAUGAUCCUACCACUAUUUUGAACAGAAAUGAACUGAGUGCUGCACUAAGAGCUAGUUGGGCUAAACUCGCAUUCUACCUUAUUUCCUUUUUCUACUACCUUUACGCUCUGAUCUACACAUUAGUGAGUUCUUCAUAA